AUGGCUUCGAAGCUUCACCAAGCUCCUCCUUUCAGAGCGGAGCACAUGGGCUCUCUGCUUCGUCCCCAGAAGCUCCUCGACAUCCGCGAGGGCAAGAUUCGUGACCAGGGUCUGUCCGAGGAGGAGGCUGGCUUGCCGGCUGUCGAGAAGGAGUCCGUUGCAGAGGUUGUCAAGCUCCAGCGUGACCUGGGCAUCAAGGGCGUCACCUCGGGCGAGUAUAACCGUACCCGCUUCUGGGGUCUGAUGUGGGACGAAUUCGAGGGCACAACCCGGUUGCAGGAUGCGGAGGCCAGCAUGUUCCGCCUGUACCACCCGGACGUCGUGAGCCUCAUCGAGAAGGAUCGCAAAGUCAUGCCUGGAGACUCCGUCAUCGCCGGCGGCAAACUGUCUCACUCGGCUGAGAAGUCAAAGUCGAACUUGCACGAGCUGCGCCUUGUUCAGGACGCCCUGCCCAAGGAGGAAUGGGGCAACAUCAAGCUCACCAUGAUCACGCCGGCGUGGUUUCAUAUGCGUUAUAAGCAGGGAAGGGCGUACACCAAGGAGGCGUAUGCCAACGACGCCGAAUACUUCAACGACGUGGCCAAGGUCUACCAGGACGAGCUGGCCAAGCUUUACGAUGCAGGCCUCCGUAACGUCCAAUUCGACGACCCCGGCAUGGCGUACUUUUGCUCGCAAAAGUUCCGUCAAGGCUGGGAGGAAGACAAGGACAACGACGGCACGGUCGAAGACCUCCUUGACGCCUACAUCAAGCUCUACAAUGACAGCAUCAGCAAACUUCCCGAGGACAUGCACACCGGUAUCCAUCUGUGCCGUGGAAACUUCAUCGGUGGUCGCCACUUCGCCGAGGGUGCUUACGACAUAAUCGCCAAGAAGCUCUUCCAGAACCUGAACGUCAACACCUUCUACCUUGAGUACGACACCGAGCGCGCCGGUGGUUUUGAGCCCCUGCAGUUCUUGCCCAAGAACAAGAACGUCGUCGUCGGCAUCAUCAGCACCAAGCUGCCUGCGCUCGAGGACAAGGAAGAGAUGAAGGCGCGCGUGUACAAGGCGGCCGAGUUCGUUGCCAAGGGUAGUGGUGAGACCAAGGAGGAGGCGCUGAAGCGUAUUUGCGUGUCUCCUCAGUGUGGUUUCAGUACCCACGAGAGCGGAUACCCGUUGACCUUGGAGGAUGAGAAGAAGAAGCUGGCUCUUGUUAGACAGAUUGCCGACGAGAUUUGGGGUGAGCCUUGA